AGGGGGUUCGCGGCCGUUGGGGCGGGAAAAGGCUGUGGAGGGCUCGAGGCCGCGGUGGGAAGUGGGUUUUCCUCACACUUGAGGUGAAGACAAGCACGCAGAAGGCAAAAGGUUCUGGAGUGAAGCCAAGGGGGUCGGUUUAUGGAUCCAGUGAGCCGUCCAGGUGUCCCCAAAGGCUUCUGAAAAUGGACAGACCUGUGAGGUCAAGAUUGGCCUCCCUCAGUGACGUUCGGUUCGGGGCUGUGGCCACAGAGACGAUAGAAGACGCUCUGCUCCACCUGGCGCAGCAGAAUGAGCAAGCCGUGCAGGAGGCUGCCGGCCGGAUGGGCAGCUUCAGGGAGACCCGGAUCGUGGAGUUUGUUUUUCUCCUGUCUGAACAAUGGUGUCUGGAGAAAUCCGUGAGCUACCAGGCUGUAGAAAUCCUAGAAAGGUUUAUGGUUAAGCAGGCAGAGAAUAUGAACAGGCAAGCCACGAUCCAGCUGAGAGAGAAGAAGGAGGCUCAGAAUUGGAAAGCUCUGAAAGAGCAGCUUUUCAACAAGUUUAUCCUGCGUCUUGUGUCAUGUGUUCAACUGGCAAGCAAACUUUCCUUCCACUACAAAAUUAUCAGCAAUGUUACAGUCCUGAAUUUCCUCCAGUCUCUAGGGUAUGUGCACACUAAAGAAGAACUGCUGGAGUCAGAGCUUGAUGUUUUGAAGUCCCUGAACUUCCAAAUCAAUCUGCCCACUCCCCUGGCAUAUGUGGAGAUGCUUCUGGAGGUUUUAGGAUACAAUGGCUGCUUGGUCCCGGCCACACAGCUGCACGCAACCUGCCUGACCCUGCUCGACCUUGUCUAUCUCCUGCAUGAACCCAUAUACGGGAGCCUGCUGAGGGCUUCGAUUGAAAACUCCGUACCCAGUCAGCUGCAAGGGGAAAAGUUUGUUUCAGUGAAGAAAGACUUCAUGCUGUUGGCAGUAGGAAUCAUUGCAGCGAGUGCUUUCAUCCAAAACCACGAGUGUUGGAGCCAGGUUGUGGGGCAUUUGCAGAGCAUCACUGGCAUUGCCUUGGAAAGCAUUGCUGAGUUCUCUUAUGCAAUCCUGACUCACAGCGUGGGAGCCAACACUCCGGGGCGACAGCAGCCUGUUCCCCGCAACCUGGAGGCCAGAGCCCUGAGGGCCACCGCCUCCUCCAACACAUGA